CAGCGUGACAUAUCAACGAAUUUAGCUACUUAUACAGUCAGAACCUAGCAGGUGUGCUCUCCAAGUUACUAAGCGGUAAGGAAUGUUGCGAUAAUAGAUUGUGCUACGAGAAAACCUUGAAAGAUGUAUUUUGGACUGCUGGAGAUGAUGGUUGUGAUGUCAGUGCUCCUAUCGGAAAGUCGAUCUAUUCCUGUCGUACAAACCACGAUGGGUUUAGUAAGGGGACUUACAAGAAGGGUAGACCGUACGUAUAUAUUCGAAUUUAGAGGAAUUCCAUUCGCAAAGCCUCCAAUCGGAAAAUUCCGAUUCCGUAAAACAGAAGCACAUGAUCAAUGGAAUGGAUUAUUGGACGCCACUACUUUUAGACCGGCAUGCAUGCAAAGGAUACAUGCCGAUUCAAUAUUACCCCUGCCAAAUACGGAAAUCUCUGAAGACUGUUUAACAUUAAAUAUAUAUGUCCCUGGUAAUAUAUCGUACGAUUCCAGAAAGAGUGUUAUGGUUUGGAUUCACGGGGGAGGGUUUUAUACCAACCAAGGCUCUAUGUACAAUGGGACGUACAUUGCCUUAUAUGGAGAUGUUAUUGUGGUGACAGUUAAUUACCGUCUGGGAGUGCUAGGGUUCCUGAGUACGGGAAACAAGGACCUCCCUGGGAAUCUCGGACUCUGGGAUCAGCACCUGGCUCUACAGUGGAUUAAGGACAACAUAGCUUCAUUCGGAGGCGAUCCUAAUUCCAUUACUUUAUUUGGCAUGUCGUCGGGAGGGGCUAGCGUUUCCCUCCACACGCUCAUUCCUCGAAACAAACACUUGUUUCAAAGGGUUAUUGCACAGAGUGGAACAGCAAACUCGUACCUAGCCUUUGUGUAUGAUCCUUUAUUCUAUGUUAAGGUACUUGGGAAAUUAUUAGGCUGCACGAGUGACACCGAAGCUACGGACACAAAACAGUUCGUACACUGUAUUAAUGGAACUUCAGCAGAGGCUAUUCUGUCAGCUCAGGAGGCUAUGUCAUGGCAUAGAGGUGACAGAGCACGCUAUGAACUGAUGUUCGGGGCAGUUGUGGAUGGGGACGUCUUCACAGACUAUCCAGAGGAAUUGCUAAGUCGCGAAACAUCUGCGUCAUUUCAACUUUUCCGUUCUGUCGACUUUCUCGCAGGCGGAACAGACAAAGAAGGAUCGAUGUUCUAUGGUAUCUUUCAUGAAGAAUUAUCAAAAGAAUUUAAUUUCAACCCAAUGGAUGGCUUUCCACCAGGUAUUGUGUGUGAAUUCUUAAUUCCUGGUUUAGUUAAAGAUCUUUUCCCAAAAUGUUUACAUAGACGUGUUCUAGAACAAGCGAUCUGUCAGAAAUAUCGCGGGACUGAUGACGGAUCGCGCGCAAGUAAAAUGCUGGAUUUAUAUGGUGACGUGUUUUUUAUUGUACCUGUAAUUAAGAUACUCAGUGCACAUUCCAAGGAUAAUUCAAUAACAAAUAGCUACCAAUACCUGUUUUCUCGUCAUUACACAUCAAAGGAAGACUCAACACUACCUGAUUGGUUUGUUGGCACCCCCCACACUGCCGAAAAAACAUUCCUGUUCAGAGGAACUCAGAGAUCCAACAUAGCUUACAACAGGAUAGAAGAUUUAACAUUAGCCAAACAGAUGAUUAAACUCUGGACAAACUUCGCAAAAUAUGGAAACCCAAGCGAUAUCACAUUACCGAAAUGGAGCCCAUAUACGGAAGAUGACGGAUACUUCUAUAAUAUAAGCUUCGUCCCAGCCUCCUCAUCUACGCAUGUGUUCCGGGACAGAGUAUCCUUCUGGAUGUCGGAGGUUCCCCAAAUCGUCAAGGCGACGUGUCAGCACCAGGAACUAUAAAAUUAUAACGAAGAAAAGUUGAAUUUACUGAACAAAAAGUGAAAAUAACUGUGCCUUGAACAUAUUCUUAAUUUAGUUUUGUUUUACUAAUUUCAUGCCGGAUCGGUACAUCAUAAAAAAAUCGUUAUUUGAACAUGUUUAUAUUUAAUCUACAAUGUAUAAACGGAGGGAAAUCUUUUCAAAAUAUAUUUGAUGCUAAAAUAUAGCAAUAAAAUUUAUAGAACUCUUGUACACUGUAAUUGUAAAAGCUAUCAACUACAAAUGUAUUAUAAAACGUGUCUGAAUACAACCCAAUGUUAAAAUUGAAUCAAGUUUUAUGGUUCUUUUUAAACAAAUUGAUAUUUUAAAGAAAAUACUUGAAUAGAUAUAAAACUGAAGCAAAGAUUG